UAACAACAACAAUAACAGCAGCAGCAGCAGCAGCAGCAGCAACAAAAAGUGUGUAAAACAAAAACAUUUUCAAGAACUCAUUAAAUUAUGGACUCAUUGGAACGUAUUAUGCGUGCGGCACCAUUGCCGCGCGCUUUAAGUGUAAACACAGCCAAUGCAAAAGGCCAGCAAAGAGCUCUUGUGCAUGCAUCGUUGGCGGCAGCAACAGUCGGUCGCAAAGGUAGACAUUUAACGGGUACAUUUUGUUUAACCGGUGAUACCAUGGAGGGUAUUAUACAAUGUUUAGUAUUUCUUAAAGCGUUUUCGCUUGUCGGCGGUGAAUUUGAUAUGGAAUUAAAUUUUGUCAUACAGGAUGCACAAAACAUCAAACAUAUGCUAGAGCUGUUAGAUCAUUGUCCACCAAAUUUACAGGCUGAGAUAUGGAGUGUUUUUAUAGCGAUUUUACGCAAAAGUGUACGUAACUUGCAAGCUUGCACCGAUGUCGGUCUUAUCGAGCACGUACUAGUACGUUUGCAACGGUCCGAAACCGUUGUUGCUGAUUUGCUUAUUGAAAUGUUGGGUGUAUUGGCGAGUUAUAGCAUUACAGUUAAGGAACUAAAAUUACUAUUCGGCACUAUGAAGGCAGUUAACGGUAAAUGGCCACGACAUUCGGCCAAAUUAUUGAAUGUGCUGCGACAAAUGCCGCACCGUAAUGGUCCCGACGUAUUUUUUAGUUUUCCAGGACGAAAAGGAUCCGCCAUGGUCUUACCACCUUUAGCGAAAUGGCCUUAUGAGAAUGGUUUCACGUUUACAACGUGGUUUCGUCUGGAUCCUAUCAACUCGGUGAAUAUCGAACGUGAGAAACCCUACCUCUAUUGUUUUAAAACUUCAAAAGGUGUCGGUUAUACUGCACACUUUGUUGGCAACUGCCUAGUAUUAACUUCAAUGAAAGUUAAAGGCAAAGGCUUUCAACAUUGUGUUAAAUAUGAAUUUCAACCAAGAAAGUGGUAUAUGAUAGCAAUCGUUUAUAUUUAUAAUCGUUGGACAAAAAGUGAAAUAAAGUGCCUCGUAAAUGGACAACUAGCGUCCAGUACUGAAAUGGCGUGGUUUGUUUCAACAAACGAUCCUUUUGACAAAUGUUAUAUAGGAGCGACACCGGAAUUGGAUGAGGAACGUGUUUUCUGUGGCCAAAUGUCAGCAAUAUAUCUGUUUAGUGAAGCUUUGACAACACAACAAAUUUGUGCCAUGCAUCGACUGGGGCCAGGAUAUAAGUCGCAAUUUCGUUUCGAUAAUGAGUGCUAUCUGAACCUGCCGGAUAAUCAUAAAAGGGUGAGUCAGCCACAACAACAGCAACAACAACUACAGCAACAACAGCAACAAACCCAACAACAACAACACCAACAAUUGCUACGUUCUAGAAGUAUAUCAAUGGCCGAACAAGAUGCCCAAACCAUUGACUGGUCAGAUGAGAAAUUGGAUUUACAAGCAGCAUUUGUUAAAAUUAGGGCCGUAUUGGCGGCACGUAAUGCCAGCACAAAUGCUGCUGUCUUACAAACACUGACCGGCAAUGGUAGCGGAGCCAUUAUUGAUAAUAGUAGUAGUAUGAAAAUAGAAAAUUCCACAGCAAUAACAUCUAACAGCACAGAACAGACUAACAUGCAUAGUAGUUCAGUGGCUGCUCAUGAUGCCUGCAAAUCCUGCAGCAUUGAUACGUUGAGUUACAUACCUACAGGCUUCGCUUCCUCAAUCGAUCACUUGAGACGUAUGUCGUCUUCAUCGUUCUCCUCUUUGGAUUAUAUACACGGCUUUGGCGGUAAUGUUGAAGAGCUGAAUCAAUUAAAAAUUGUACUUUACGAUGGUAAAUUAUCAAAUGCCAUUGUAUUUAUGUAUAAUCCAGUGGCAACCGAUGGUCAACUAUGUCUGCAAUCGGCUCCCAAAGGCAAUGUAUCAUAUUUUGUACAUACACCGCAUGCACUUAUGUUACAGGACGUUAAGGCUGUUGUUACACAUUCCAUACAUUGUACUUUAAAUUCAAUAGGCGGCAUACAAGUUUUAUUUCCAUUAUUCUCACAAUUGGAUAUGACGCAUGAGGGUAUAAAUGAUAUGAAACGUGAUCCGACGUUAUGUUCAAAAUUAUUGGGUUUCAUUUGUGAAUUGGUGGAAACAUCACAGACUGUACAACAGCAUAUGAUACAAAAUCGUGGUUUCUUAGUUAUUUCGUUUAUGUUGCAACGUUCCUCGCGUGAACAUUUAACUUUGGAGGUUUUAGGUUCAUUUCUCAACUUAACAAAAUAUCUCGUGACAUGCCUAUCGGCCAACAGUGAUUUGCUAUUAAAGCAGUUGAACAUGGGCUUGCGAUCUCCCUUUAAAAAAUUUUACCAGUUAUUUUGCUUUUCAUUUCUAACAUGGCAGCUAUUAGAUCAUGUCCUCUUCAAUCCGGCUUUAUGGAUUUAUACGCCAGCCAAUGUCCAAGCUCGACUCUAUUCGUAUUUGGCUACGGAGUUCCUUAGUGAUACACAAAUUUACAGCAACGUUAGACGGGUUAGCACUGUCUUACAAACCGUGCAUACAUUGAAAUAUUAUUAUUGGGUUGUGAAUCCACGCGCUAAAAGUGGUAUUGUACCAAAGGGUUUGGAUGGUCCUCGUCCCGCUCAAAAAGAUAUAUUAGCUAUACGCGCUUAUAUUUUAUUGUUUUUAAAACAACUGAUUAUGAUAGGCAACGGUGUCAAAGAAGAUGAAUUGCAAAGCAUUUUAAAUUAUUUGACAACCAUGCAUGAGGAUGAAAAUCUUCAUGAUGUUUUACAAAUGCUAAUAUCGCUUAUGUCUGAGCAUCCUAGCUCAAUGGUACCUGCUUUCGAUGUUAAACACGGUGUUAGAACUAUAUUCAAAUUAUUAGCGGCCGAAAGUCAAUUGAUACGCUUACAAGCUCUCAAAUUAUUGGGUUUCUUUUUAUCACGCAGUACACAUAAACGUAAAUAUGAUGUUAUGUCACCGCAUAAUUUAUACACGUUAUUAGCCGAACGUUUGCUAUUGUAUGAGGAAUCAUUGUCGUUGCCCACAUACAAUGUUUUAUACGAAAUUAUGACCGAACAUAUAUCACAACAAAUUUUAUAUACACGUCAUCCUGAGCCGGAGAGUCAUUAUCGUUUAGAAAAUCCAAUGAUUCUUAAAGUAGUUGCAACUCUGAUACGCCAGUCGAAGCAAACUGAAUCGUUGAUUGAGGUUAAAAAGCUUUUUCUUUCUGACAUGACUUUAUUAUGUAACAGUAAUCGCGAAAAUCGUCGCACCGUACUACAAAUGUCAGUUUGGCAAGAAUGGUUAAUAGCGAUGGCCUACAUACAUCCAAAGAAUACUGAAGAACAAAAAAUAUCGGAUAUGGUUUAUUCGUUGUUUCGGAUGUUAUUACAUCAUGCCAUCAAACAUGAAUACGGCGGUUGGCGGGUAUGGGUUGAUACUUUGGCUAUUGUUCAUUCGAAAGUCUCCUAUGAAGAAUUCAAAUUGCAAUUUGCUCAAAUGUACGAGCAUUAUGAGAGGCAAAGAACAGAUAAUAUAACGGAUCCUGCCUUAAGACAAGCGCGACCUAUUAGUACCAUCAGCGGUUGGGAGAGAGAGGAAUUACAGCAACAGCAACAUCAUCAACACAGCGGAGUAGCGGGACAAAAUUCAACAUCGUUGGCUUCAUUAGAAGAUGUCCCUAUGGUAGAAGAAGAAGUCGAAGAUGCCGACGAUGGGGUGGAAUGUACAAGUCCGGUCGAGGACGAUCUAGAGACUGAAGCAAAUGAGAAGAAAUGCAUUUGCAAGGUUGAAGGUGAUGAAGAGGAUAUAGACGUUAAUCCCGAAAUUAGCAAACAAACUAGCAUAGCUAAUAUUAGUGACGUCUAUAAUGAGCAUAUAAAAUCUGAUGUAUUAGUGACACCGAUUAAUGGUAAUGUGACAUCAUCGGCUAACAGCAGUACAAAAGCUACACCAGCUAAAACUACUUUAGCGUCUAGUUCAGAGGCAUUAAAAGAAAGCGUUAAAAUUCAAGAUUUAGAAGCACUUGAAAUAAGCAAUAUAAAAGAACUGACUGCAGACACUGAAGAGCACGUUCAGUUAGUGCUACAAACAUCGGAGAAAGCGUUGCAAGACUGUAAACUAGUAGCGGAUGAGCUGCAAGAGGCCUCUUCAGUAAUAAAAGAUGAAGAAAUUGAAUUGGCCGUGAAUGAAGUGGUACAGGGCGUUUUGAAUAAUGAAACGCAAAAGAAACAAAAUGCCAAGGAACCGUCCACAGAAAAUGCAACAGCGCUUAAUUUUGAAGAUGAUAACGGCAAACAUAAUAACAUUAAUAGUGAUCAACUUAGUUCCCAAGAUCAAGUUAAUCUGCGUAAUACAAAAAAUUUACUUAAUAAUAAUUUAAUUGAAGAAAAUCUGCAGCAAACUGAUAAAAAUGCCAAUAGUGAAAAUAAUAAUAAUAAUAAUAAUAAUAAUAACAAUAGUGUUUCGGCGACAACAGCAUCAAAAGAACUAAAGGAAUUGGAAGUUAGUAGUUCCCUAUCGACAACGGCAGAAACUACAGAGGAAAUUUCCUCUUUGAGUCCUGAAACGACCGUAUCAAGUACUUCUAUCACGGAUGAUAAUCUAUUAAAUCUAACAGAGGAUUUUCACGAUACCAACAAAGUCGAUAUUGUGAUCAAGACUAUAGUUGACGAACUAAUCGAUAAAGUAGUAAUAGAAUCUUCCAGUUCACCGAUUCCUGCCGAAAUCGAAAAAGAAACCAAUAAUAAUGAUAUCAAAGAAAACUUACGAAGGGAAGCGACAACUGAGAAAUUUCUUAAUGAAACUGCCAAAGAAAUCAUUGAAGAUGUCUUACAACAUGCAUUUGAAGAGGCCGAGUAUGCUGGAUCCCUGAUUACCGAUGACGAAAUAAAAGAUGAAAGCCUAAAAACAGCUCAGAUAGUGCAAUCUUUGGUUGAGGAGGUUUUGGAAGAAACAGUAGCAGAUGUCGUAUCAAAAGCAGAAACACCGCAAGAAACGGUUACCGACGCAAUUGAUCGGUAUAUAGAGUGCAAUGAGGAAGAAACUCAAACAACCCAAGAUGAUUUAAAUGAACUCUCUGAUCAAAAUCAUCAUUCACAUCAUAAUGAAAUUGAAAGCCUUAAAGAGAUUGAAAUUGAUCAACACGAACAAGAAACUCAAACUCAGCAAAACGAACCUGAGCAACAUCCUUCAGCUGAUUCGAUGCAUAUAAAAAAUCACAAACAACAAAGUGCUAGCACUCAAGUAGAAAAUAAUCACUUUGAUAAUACAAAAUCACGACAAACAUCUGCAAUACAGUCACAGGUUCAACAACAACAACAACAACAACAACAACAACAACAACAGCAGCAGCAGCAGCAACGUUCAAAAGCUGGCUCAACGCGUCCCAUGUUCAGCCCUGGCCCAACACGGCCACCCUUUCGUAUACCAGAAUUCAAAUGGUCUUACAUUCAUCAACGUUUGUUAUCCGAUGUUUUGUUUUCAUUGGAAACGGAUAUACAAGUCUGGCGUUCCCAUUCAACAAAAAGUGUACUCGACUUUGUUAAUUCCAGUGAAAAUGCCAUUUUCGUAGUAAAUACAGUGCAUUUAAUUUCCCAACUGGCAGAUAAUUUAAUAAUUGCUUGCGGCGGCUUAUUGCCAUUACUGGCUUCAGCAACUUCACCAAAUUCUGAAUUGGAUGUUUUGGAACCCACUCAGGGUAUGCCCUUGGAGGUGGCUGUAUCGUUUUUGCAGCGUCUCGUUAAUAUGGCAGAUGUGCUAAUAUUUGCAACUUCGUUGAAUUUCGGUGAAUUGGAAGCUGAAAAGAAUAUGUCUAGUGGCGGUAUAUUGCGGCAAUGUCUACGCUUGGUGUGCACAUGUGCGGUACGCAAUUGUCUCGAGUGUAAGGAACGUACACGUUAUAAUGUCGGAACAAUGGCUCGCGAUGUGCCGGGUGCACAGCACUUACAAGCGUUAAUACGUGGUGCACAAGCAUCGCCCAAGAACAUUGUCGAGUCAAUAACAGGUCAAUUAUCCCCAGUCAAGGAUCCUGAAAAAUUGUUGCAGGAUAUGGACGUGAAUCGCUUAAGGGCAGUUAUUUACCGUGAUGUGGAGGAAACGAAGCAAGCGCAAUUCCUGUCAUUGGCCAUUGUGUACUUUAUUUCAGUGCUAAUGGUCUCAAAAUAUCGCGACAUAUUGGAACCACCAGCUGAGCCACAAAUACAGCGGCAAUCACCUGUCAUGCAACGCACAGCGGGCGAACCCUCAGGACGUCCUUUAUUUCCGCAAUGGUCACAUCAUGUGUAUCCACAAUUUUUACCCGGUUCACAUCAUCAUAAUCAUGUGUCAACAGCAAAUAUGCAACAACAACAACAACAGCAAUCAUCAACAGCAACAAUAACAACACAGCAACAUGCCACUCAACAACAUCAGCAGCAACAAUUUUAUUACCAACAGCAUCAACAACAGCAGCAAAUGUCAUCGCCGCCACAUCAACAAACGACUUAUUUGCAACAUAAGCACCAUCACAUCACUGCCGCACAUCAUCAUUCCCAAGCACAGCAACAGCAGCAACAACAACAGCAGCAGCAAUACUAUCAGCAACACAAUCACAAUAUGAUAAACAACUCAAGUUAUGCGGGUAAUGUAUCGCCACCCCUAGCCAAUCAAUCGACAAGCCCUUCGACCUCGUCUUCAGCUACGUCACAGCCCGCUUCAAGUUCUUCGCUAUCGAGUUUGGCAUCACAGCCGCACCAUCAUCAUACGCAACAUAGACAUAUAGGGCAAAAACACCAUCACUAUCAUUUACAUGCACAGCAGCAACAGCAACAACAACACCAGCCACCACAACAUAACACAGCUUCAACAGCAACGUCAAAUACAGUUGGUACUGGCCACUACAACAAUAUGAUAAAUGGUGGCGGAAGCAACAAUCAAGUGUUAAAUGGAAAAAUUUCAAGUAACGGAACGCAACAGCAACACAAUUACAACGCACACGAUAUAAAUGGCAGUAACAUUACAUAUCAUCAUCACCAUCAACAGCAACAGCAGCAUCAGCAACAACAACAACAUCAACAGCAAUCCUAUAUAAGAUCUUCAACAAUGAUUAUGAACGGCGUUGGAAGUAGUGGUGGUGGCAUUGGUGUAGGUGUUGGCGGUAAUUCUCAUCAAAAUAGUCUUGUGGACUAUCAUAUACAACACGGCCUGCUAAAUGGUGUUGGUAAUGUUCACCACAACAAUAAUAACAACAACAGCAACAAUAUUAAUAUUAAUAACGAUAGUAAUAACACUAUGGCAACGUUUAAUAACAACAAUCGCAAUAUACGUAACGGUCAUAUAUUAAAUACAACAGCAGUAGGUGAUAAUGGUAUUGGUGGAGGUGGCAGCGGUGAUGGUGGAGGAGGUGGUAUGAAUGUUGUUGCUCCUACGUCAUGUAAAACUAAUAAUGGCCUCAACAAUAACUAUCGCUAUAAUGGACGCACCUCAACCGGAACAGGCACUCGUACUAUACAAGAUGGCGAUUAUGAAAUCAUAGUAGUAGAUGAAAACAACCCGUCAGUGCUGGCAGAUAAUGAUUCACACUCAAGCGGACCCCCUUCAAUUAAGAGCCCGAAAGCGAAGAAUAAAAAACCAAAAAAAACUAAUGCUACAAUAACAACGACAAGAGUAACAGCAAGAGAUCCAAAUACAACUUCUACUGCAACCGCAACUACCUCAAUAAUAAAUUUUAGUACAACAAUAACGACAACAGCAAGAAUAACAAGUAUAACGGCAUUGCCAAAAAGUAGCAAUAAUAACAAUAAUAAUAAUAAAAAUAACAAUAGCUUAAAUAAAUUACAACAACAGCCACAGCCCCUAAUGCCACCCAAAUCAGUGAUGAUGUCACAAAAGUUAAUGAAGAGCGUCGAUUCCGACGUUGGUUCACUAAAUAUGAAUUCAACCGAAAAUGAAGUUCCUGAAGUGGAAUCAUCCAGUGAAAUAAUGGCCGAUGAUAAUAAGCCAACAAACUCGAACGAUGAAAGUUGGACAGACGUCAACUUGAAUGAGGACACUGGUGUGCAGUCCAGUGUCAGUGGUAAUGGUGGCACUCUAAUACAGGGUGAUAUUAGAAUGCACGACCAGCAUACAGCGCAUCAACAGCAUUUGCACGCUUCACAGCAACAACAUAUAAUUAAUGAACGCGGUGAUAAACCAGAUUCAGAGAUAUCUGUUGUACGGGUACCAGAUAAUUAUGCGGGAACAAGUGGCCAUUCUAGUAAUUCUGCCAAUAAUUCUGUGGUUACAUCGUCUCAAAGGGGUUGUCGUGCCGAUGAUUUGCCUAUGAAACCACCACUUGUAGGUCAUUUGCCUUUGACUACGCCGUCACGUGAAGCUAGUCUUACGCAGAAACUUGAGAUAGCUUUAGGUCCGGUGUGUCCUCUUUUGCGUGAGAUUAUGGUGGAUUUUGCCCCUUUUCUUUCGAAAACCCUAGUGGGUUCGCAUGGCCAAGAACUAUUAAUGGAGGGAAAAGGUUUAACUACGUUUAAGAACUCUCAUUCGGUAGUUGAGUUAGUAAUGUUGUUGUGUUCGCAAGAAUGGCAAAAUAGUUUGCAAAAGCAUGCUGGUUUAGCAUUCAUAGAACUCAUUAAUGAAGGCCGAUUAUUAUCACACGCGAUGAAAGAUCAUAUAGUUCGUGUAGCUAACGAAGCAGAAUUUAUUCUCAACAGAAUGCGUGCUGACGAUGUUCUAAAGCAUGCUGAUUUCGAAUCACAGUGCGCUCAAACAUUGCUUGAAAGGCGUGAAGAAGAGCGUAUGUGUGACCACUUAAUUACAGCCGCCCGCCGCCGGGAUAAUGUUAUUGCUAGUCGUUUACUUGAGAAAGUUCGUAAUAUUAUGUGUAACCGACAUGGUGCGUGGGGUGAUGCUAGCGGUAGUGUUCAGAAGCAAACUUACUGGAAGUUGGAUGCCUGGGAAGAUGAUGCUCGACGUCGUAAGCGUAUGGUUCAAAAUCCCCGCGGUUCCUCACAUCCUCAGGCAACGCUUAAAGCUGCCAUAGAAAACGAAGGACCUGAGGAUGCUAUUCUACAAACUCGUGAUGAAUUUCAUACCCAAAUUGCCGUUUCCCGUGCCCAUCAAGCCAACCAACACACUGCCGACCUACUAGACGACGCUGAGUUGCUCAUCGAAGACCGGGAACUCGAUCUGGACCUUACCGGCCCCGUUAAUAUUAGCACCAAAGCCAAACUUAUUGCACCUGGCUUAGUAGCUCCUGGCACUGUAUCUAUUACGAGUACUGAGAUGUUUUUUGAGGUGGACGAGGAACAUUCCGAAUUUCAGAAAAUUGAUCCUGAAGUUUUAAAAUACUGUGAUCAUCUACAUGGCAAAUGGUAUUUUUCAGAGGUACGAGCAAUUUUUUCGCGUCGCUAUUUAUUGCAAAAUGUAGCCCUGGAAAUUUUCUUGGCUUCCCGCACAUCCAUAUUGUUUGCUUUUCCUGAUCAGCUAACUGUGAAGAAGGUGAUCAAAGCUUUGCCGCGUGUCGGCGUAGGCAUUAAGUACGGUAUACCACAGACCAGACGAGCUUCGAUGAUGUCGCCACGUCAGUUGAUGCGCAACUCGAACAUGACCCAAAAAUGGCAACGCCGUGAAAUCUCCAAUUUUGAAUAUUUAAUGUUCCUUAAUACAAUAGCUGGACGUACAUACAACGAUUUAAAUCAAUAUCCUAUAUUCCCGUGGGUCUUAACCAACUACGAAACCAAAGAAUUGGACCUCAGUUUGCCUUCCAACUACCGUGAUCUAUCGAAACCUAUUGGUGCCUUGAACCCCUCAAGGCGGGCCUACUUCGAGGAACGCUACGAAAGCUGGGAAAGUGAUACCAUACCACCGUUUCAUUAUGGUACGCAUUAUUCCACUGCUAGUUUUACUCUCAAUUGGUUAGUGAGAGUAGAACCAUUUACCACAAUGUUCCUAGCUUUGCAGGGUGGUAAAUUCGAUUAUCCGGAUCGUUUGUUUUCAUCAAUCUCUUUGUCGUGGAAGAAUUGUCAACGUGAUACCUCAGAUGUUAAAGAAUUAAUACCGGAAUGGUAUUUUUUGCCUGAGAUGUUUUACAAUUCGUCAGGGUACCGUUUGGGUCAUCGAGAAGACGGUACCUUGGUGAAUGAUAUAGAGCUGCCUCCUUGGGCUAAAACGCCUGAAGAGUUUGUGCGCAUCAACCGCAUGGCUUUAGAAUCGGAAUUCGUCUCGUGCCAAUUGCAUCAAUGGAUAGAUUUAGUAUUCGGGUAUAAGCAGAGAGGACCGGAAGCUGUACGUGCAACAAAUGUUUUCUAUUAUCUCACUUAUGAAGGCAGCGUAGACCUGGAAGCUAUUGGGGAUCCAGUAAUGCGUGAAGCUGUGGAAAAUCAAAUACGUAACUUCGGUCAAACUCCCAGUCAACUGCUAAUGGAACCACAUCCGCCUCGCAGUUCGGCAAUGCAUUUAUCCCCGAUGAUGUUUAGUGCCAUGCCUGAUGACCUUUGUCAGAUCUUGAAAUUCUAUCAGAAUUCACCCGUUAUACACAUUUCAGCGAAUACUUAUCCACAGCUUUCUCUACCAUCGGUUGUGACUGUGACAGCGGGUCAUCAGUUUGCAGUAAACCGUUGGAACUGCAACUACACCGCCUCCGUCCAGAGCCCCAGUUAUGCUGAAUCACCACAAUCACCAGGUUCGAUAAAACCUCUGACCAUUGAUCCAGUGUUGACUGUUCAGAAUACCAAUCACAACAAUCCUAUGAAUCGAAGACAUUUGGGUGAUAAUUUCAGUCAGAUGUUAAAAAUACGUUCCAAUUGCUUUGUGACCACCGUUGAUAGCAGAUUCUUAAUAGCAUGUGGAUUCUGGGAUAACAGUUUUCGCGUAUUCUCCACUGAGACAGCCAAAAUUGUGCAAAUCGUUUUUGGACACUUCGGUGUAGUCACCUGUUUGGCUCGUUCCGAGUGCAAUAUUACUUCGGAUUGUUACAUAGCUUCUGGUUCCGCCGAUUGCACAGUGCUACUUUGGCAUUGGAAUGCACGAACACAAAGCAUUGUCGGAGAAGGGGAUGUGCCUACGCCGCGUACAACUUUAACGGGUCAUGAACAAGCUGUCACGUCCGUCGUAAUUAGUGCUGAAUUAGGUUUAGUAGUUUCUGGAUCGACAAAUGGUCCUGUUCUCAUUCAUACCACAUUCGGUGAUCUCUUACGAUCUUUAGAUCCUCCUUUUGAUUUUAAUUCCCCCGAACUAAUUGCAAUGUCCCGUGAAGGUUUUAUUGUAGUUAACUACGAUAAAGGUAAUGUAGCCGCUUACACCAUUAAUGGAAAGGAGUUGCGCCAUGAAACUCACAAUGAUAACUUACAGUGUAUGUUAUUAUCGCGUGAUGGUGAAUAUCUGAUGACAGCCGGAGAUCGCGGUAUAGUUGAGGUGUGGCGAACUUUCAAUUUAGCCCCACUUUAUGCCUUCCCCGCCUGCAAUGCCGGCAUACGUUCACUGGCCUUAACACAUGAUCAGAAGUAUUUGCUGGCUGGUCUGUCAACUGGUUCAAUUGUCGUCUUUCACAUUGACUUUAAUCGCUGGCAUCAUGAAUACCAACAACGCUAUUAAAUAAUAUAAAUGAAAAUCUAAAACAACAACAACAACAACAACCACAACAAAUUACAAAUUACUUUCACUUUAUUCCCGUAGCAGGCCAAAUGAAAAGUCAAACGCGAUAUUUAAGGUAUGAAAACAAAUUUUAUAAAAAUUAACAAAAACAAAGAAAAAAACAAAAAAAACAAAAACGGUGACAUAUUAAUAUUUUUUACAAGGCCCCCUAAUAGCCCUCUUUUUAAGAUUCAAUGCCAAGCACCUUACAAAAGAAGAAAGGAAAAAUGGUGUUAAGGUUAAAUUAAAAUUAAAAAAAAAAAAAAAACAAAAACAAAUAGAAAUCGCGAGAGAAGAAAAUACAUACAUAAUUUAGUUGAAUUCUUAGCAAUGUUGAGUUAUUUUUCAUAGACUUUUUCCCCCUUUUUGAAAAAUUAGCGAGAUGAUUAAAAACAAACUUUAAUUAGUAAAGUUUUAGACUAGGAAACAAUCCUUUACUAAGUAGUUUAGAGACAAAAAAAAAAAAACAAAAAACAAACAAA